AUGUCCUCUGCCGAAGGCACCAUCAAAGUAAAGCAGGGCUUAGCCCAGAUGCUGAAGGGUGGUGUUAUUAUGGACGUCAUGACCGUCGAGCAAGCUAAGAUUGCUGAGGCCGCUGGUGCCGUAGCUGUUAUGGCACUCGAGCGUAUCCCUGCUGAUAUCCGUGCGGAUGGUGGUGUUGCUAGGAUGUCGGAUCCCAAGAUGAUCAAGGAGGUCAUGGAUGCUGUUUCCAUCCCUGUUAUGGCUAAAUGCCGUAUUGGCCACUUUGUUGAGGCUCAGGUCCUGGAGGCUGUUGGUGUUGAUUAUAUUGACGAAUCCGAGGUCCUCACUGUUGCCGAUGAGGAUAACCAUAUCAACAAGAUGAAGUUCAAGGUCCCCUUCGUAUGUGGAUGCCGUAACCUCGGUGAAGCUCUCCGUCGCAUUGCUGAGGGUGCCAGCAUGAUACGAACUAAGGGCGAGGCUGGCACUGGUAAUGUCGUCGAGGCUGUUCGCCACAUGCGUACUGUGAAUAGGGAGAUCCGCAUCCUCCAAUCUCUGGAGGAUGAUGAGGUCUUCACCUUCGCCAAACAGAUUGGUGCUCCUCUUUCCCUUAUCGAGGAGACUCGAAGGCUUGGUCGCUUGCCUGUGGUUAACUUCGCUGCUGGUGGUGUUGCCACUCCUGCUGAUGCUGCUCUCUGCAUGCAGCUCGGUGUCGAUGGUGUAUUCGUUGGCUCUGGUAUCUUCAAGUCAGACAACCCGGAGAAGCGCGCUCAUGCUAUAGUCCAGGCCGUUACUCACUUCAAGGACCCCAAGAUCGUUGCUGAGGUGUCCGAGGACCUUGGUAAGCCUAUGACUGGCAUCAACUGUGAUGAACUGAAGGUCCGCUUCGCCGAGCGUGAGGGUGGUAACAUGCCUGCUACUACCAAUGACAAGAAGGAUAGGUCCGUCAUCAAGGGCACUUCCCUUGCUGAGGUUGAGUAACAAUCAUAAGGCUUAGAGUU